UUUGAACAAGUCAUGAGAAUCAAAUCAUUCAUCAAAAUCACCAGACAACAGAAGAAGACAGUGUGACUGGGAAAACCAAACUCAACAUUCUUACAUAUAAAAUAAAAAACUAUUUCAAGAAUCUGUUUGUAAAUCCCAAGAAAAUGCACCACCACCACCACCCUCCUCCACCAACCACCACCCCCACCAAAAUCUCAACACCCUUUAUCAUUCUUGCCACCACUAUCUUCUCACUUCUCCUUAUUCUUACCUUCUCCUUCACUUCCCCUCCACCCCACCCCCACCCCAACCAACCCCACCCUUCCCUUUUCCCAAAUCAUCAACCCCAUCGUCUCCUAUUUCAUCAAAACCCAAAUGACCAAAAUACCCUUCUACCCCCACCCCCUGCAAUAGCUUAUCUCAUAUCUGGAUCCACAAAAGACACUUCAAGAAUCAUACGUUUGCUAUUUGCAGUGUACCAUCCAAGAAAUCAGUAUCUUCUUCAUCUUGAUAAAAAAGCUUCUCAAUAUGAACGUGAUGAUCUUGCACUGUAUGUUCAAUCUGUGCCUCUUUUUAAAGCUGCCCAGAAUGUGAAUUUUAUUGGAAAAGCUGAUUUUGUUUACCCAAUGGGGGCUUCUGCUUUGUCUGCUACUCUUCAUGGAGCUUCUAUUCUUCUGCGUGUUUCUGCUCAUUGGGAUUGGUUUAUUAAUCUAUCUGCUGAUGAUUAUCCACUUGUUACUCAAGAUGAUCUUCUACACAUUCUGUCAUAUCUUCCCAAGGAUCUUAAUUUUGUCAACCACACAAGCUACAUAGGGUGGAGAGAGUCAAGGAAGUUGAAACCAAUAGUUGUUGAUCCUGGGCUCUAUCUUGAAGAAGAAGAUGAAGUAUUUUAUGCAACUCAGAAGAGGGAACUGCCUGAUGCUUAUCGAUUAUUUUCAGGGUCUUCAUCUAGUAUCUUGAGUCGGAAGUUUAUCGAGUUCUGCAUCUUGGGCACGGAUAACCUACCCAGGACUCUGCUAAUGUACUUGUCAAAUUCACCAUCCUCGUCAUCUGUGUAUUUCCCGACCAUUCUGUGCAAUUCAAGGAAAUUCAAUAGAACAACAAUCAACCACAACUUGCGGUAUGCUUCAUUUAACUCAAGAAAAGAGGCCCUUCCACUCAAUACCAGUAACUUCAAUGACCUGGUGAUGAGUGGAGCAGUGUUUGCUGCACCAUUCGAGGCAAACAAUCCGAUUCUUGACCAGAUCGACAGUGAACUUCUCCACCACAAGUACGAUGAACCAGUCCCUGGCGGAUGGUGUUUAGGUGAAAAUGAAACUGAUAAAUGUACUGUCUGGGGAGACGCAGAAGUUCUAAGACCAGGUCCAGGAGCACAGAGACUGGAAGAAAGAUUUGUCCAGAUUUUCAGUAAUGGUACAUUUCGUUCUAGUCGAUGUGUCUACGAAUAGAGCUCCCUCAAGAUGAGAACAUACAGAAGAGACAAACACUCGAAAAAUGUUUUCUAUCGAAAACCACCUCUCUACCUCCCAAGGUAGGGUUGAGGUUUGUGUAUACACUACCUUCCCCAGACUCACACACUGGGUAUGUUGUUGACUCGAAAAGAAUUACACGAGCAAAAAUAUACAGAAGACCGAGUGCUUCAGCCCUCAUGUAGUUUUAUGUUAGCAAUUUUGAUGGAGAGCUCAUUGUUGUAUAUUGAUUAUUUUUGUUACUGUAAGGUUGUAUAUUGGUCUGUUGGGCUGGCUAGCUACUACUAGGGCAAUGGAAAUCAUUUUAUAAAAUCAUGGAUCUUACUACCUGUUCAA